AUGAAGCCAGGCUGUGCGGCAUGAUCUCCAGGGAAUGAAUGGAUUUUCUUCAGCACCGAUGAAAGAAACAUACGCUAUAGGAAAACAAUGUCCAGCGGGGGACUGCAAAGAUCUGUCAUCCUGUCAGCACUUAUUCUCCUUCGAGCUGUUUCUGGAUUCUCUGGAGACGGAAGAGCUAUAUGGUCUAAAAAUCCUAAUUUUAGUCCGGUAAAUGAAAGUCAGCUGUUUCUCUAUGACACUUUUCCUAAAAACUUUUUCUGGGGUGCUGGGACUGGAGCAUUUCAAGUGGAAGGGAAUUGGAAGACAGACGGAAAAGGACCCUCUAUAUGGGAUCAUUUCAUCCAUACACACCUUAAAAAUGUCAACGGCACAAAUAGUUCCAGUGACAGUUACAUUUUUCUGGAAAAAGACUUAUCAGCCCUGGAUUUUUUAGGCGUUUCUUUUUAUCAAUUUUCAAUUUCCUGGCCAAGGCUUUUCCCCAAUGGAACAGUAUCAGCUGCUAACGCAAAAGGUCUCCAGUACUAUAAUACUCUUCUCAACGCUCUGGUACUUAGAAACGUUGAACCUAUAGUUACUUUAUACCACUGGGAUUUGCCUUUGGUGCUGCAAGAAAAAUAUGGGGGGUGGAAAAAUGAAACCAUAAUAGAUAUCUUCAAUGACUAUGCCACAUACUGCUUCCAGACGUUUGGGGACCGAGUCAAAUAUUGGAUUACAAUUCACAACCCAUAUCUAGUCGCUUGGCAUGGGUAUGGGACAGGUAUCCAUGCCCCUGGAGAGAAGGGAAAUUUAGCAGCUAUCUACACCGUGGGACACAACCUGAUCAAGGCUCAUUCGAAAGUUUGGCAUAACUACAAUAGAAAUUUCCGCCCACAUCAGAAGGGUCUGCUAUCAAUCACGUUGGGAUCCCACUGGAUUGAACCAAACAGAUCAGAAAACACAAUGGAUAUACUCAAGUGCCAACAAUCCAUGGUUUCUGUGCUCGGGUGGUUUGCCAACCCUAUCCACGGGGAUGGUAACUAUCCAGAGGUGAUGAAAAAGAAGUUGUUCUCCAUUCUACCCCUUUUCUCUGAAGCAGAGAAGAAUGAGGUGAGGGGCACAGCUGACUUCUUUGCCUUUUCCUUUGGACCCAACAAUUUCAAGCCCUACAACACCAUGGCUAAAAUGGGACAAAAUGUGUCCCUCAAUUUAAGAGACGUGCUGAACUGGAUUAAACUGGAAUAUGGCAAUCCCCGAAUCCUGAUCACUGAGAAUGGCUGGUUCACAGACAGUCAUGUGAAAACAGAGGAUACCACAGCCAUCUACAUGAUGAAGAACUUCCUCAACCAGGUUCUCCAAGCAAUCAAGUUUGAUGAAAUACGAGUGUUUGGUUACACUGCCUGGUCCCUCCUGGAUGGCUUUGAAUGGCAGGAUGCUUACACCACUCGCCGAGGAUUAUUUUAUGUGGAUUUUAGUAGUAAACAAAAAGAAAGAAAGCCCAAGUCUUCAGCACAUUACUAUAAACAGAUCAUACAAGAAAAUGGUUUCACUUUGAAAGAGUCCACACCAGAUGUGCAGGGUCAGUUUCCCUGUGAUUUCUCCUGGGGCGUCACUGAAUCUGUCCUUAAGCCAGAGUCGGUGGCUUCCUCCCCACAGUUCAGCGAUCCUCACCUGUAUGUAUGGAAUGUGACAGGCAACAGACUGUUGCACCGAGUGGAAGGAGUGAGGCUGAAAACACGACCAGCUCAAUGCACGGAUUUUGUCAGUGUCAAAAGACAGCUUGAGAUGUUGGCAAGAAUGAAAGUCACCCACUACAGGUUUGCUCUGGACUGGCCCUCAAUCCUUCCCACUGGCAACCUGUCCACGGUUAACCGGCAGGCUCUGAGGUACUACAGGUGUGUGGUCAGUGAGGGACUAAAGCUCAACAUCUCCUCAAUGGUCACGUUGUACUAUCCAACCCACGCCCACCUAGGCCUCCCCGCACCUCUGCUGCACAGCGGAGGGUGGCUGAACCGGUCAACCACCAAGGCCUUCCAGGACUAUGCCGACCUGUGCUUCCAGGAGCUGGGGGACCUCGUGAAGCUCUGGAUCACCAUCAACGAGCCUAACCGGCUGAGUGACAUCUACGACUGCUCUAGUAAUGACACCUACUGGGCAGCCCACCACCUGAUGAUCGCCCACGCCCUGGCCUGGCACCUCUACGACCAGCAGUACAGGCCUGCACAGCGUGGGGUUGUGUCGCUGUCUCUCCACUCGGACUGGGCCGAACCCGCCAAUCCCUAUGCGGACUCGCACUGGAAGGCGGCCGAGCGCUUCCUCCAGUUCGAAAUCGCCUGGUUCGCAGAACCCCUCUUCAAGACUGGGGACUACCCGUUGGCCAUGAGGGAGUACAUCACCUCCAAGAAUAGGCAAGGGCUCACGCGCUCCGCACUGCCUCAGUUCACCGAGGAGGAAAGGAGGCUGGUCAAGGGCACUGCAGACUUCUACGCCCUGAACCACUUCACCACCAGGUUCGUGAUGCAUGAGCGGCAAAACGGCAGCAACUACGACGCGGACAGGGACAUCCAGUUUCUGCAGGACAUCACCUGCCUGAGCUCCCCCACCCGCCUGGCCGUGAUACCCUGGGGAGAACGCAAGGUGCUGAAGUGGAUCCGGAGGAACUAUGGAGACGUGGAUGUUUACAUCACGGCCAGUGGCAUCGACGACCAGUCUCUGGAAAAUGAUGAACUCCGAAAAUACUACUUAGAGAAAUACAUUCAGGAGGCUUUGAAAGCAUACUUGAUUGAUAAAAUCAAAAUCAAAGGCUAUUAUGUAUUCAAACUGACUGAAGAAAAAUCUAGACCCAGAUUUGGAUUCUUCACAUCUGAUUUCAAAGCUAAAUCCUCAAUCCAGUUUUACAACGAACUGAUCAGCAACAAUGGCUUCCUUUCUAAGAACAGUAGUCCUAGAUGCAGUCAGACUCAAAGAAACACAGAGUGUAUUGUCUGCUUACUUCUUGUACAGAAGAAACCACUGAUAUUCUUUGGAUGUUGUUUCUUCUCCACCCUGGUUCUACUUUUAUCAAUUACCGUUUUUCAUAAGCGAAAGAGAAGAAAAUUUUGGAAAGCAAAGAACUUACAACACAUACCAUUAAAAAAAGGCCAUGAGAGUUCUUAGCUAAGCUGAUCCUACCAUAUUUCUGUCUGCAUGAUGGAAAAGUUUAAAAAAUUCACUCCAGUUCCAUACACUGGUAACUUACAGAAGAUACACCUAUACUGUAGAAAAACAAGUUUUGAGAUAUUAGUGAUAGCCAAGGUAAUGACAAUAAAUGUCUCCGCUAUGUGGUUCAAAUUUUCCCUUAUGUGUUAACAUCAGUGAAUUCAGUUCUUGGAUCUAAGGUAAAGGCUUCCCUAGAAGGUAAGGUAUGAGGAUUAUCUCAUACAUUGUUUCAUGGAGUUUGAUGAGCUGUUUCCUAUCAUUAUUCUACAGUUUUUUCCUAGGAAUACCAAUAGCUACUUAUGAUAAAAGAAAUUGUUUUGAAAAAAG